CGGUAGAGGCGGGUUAGAAGAAUCUUCUGGAACAGUCGCUGUGAGCUGAAGCUGUGAGGCGACAACAGUGUCUUCAUAAAAGGCAAACAUGGUCAAGGAAACAGGCUUUUAUGACACUUUGGGCGUGAAACCCAGUGCAACUCCUGAUGAGCUGAAAAAGGCCUAUCGCAAACUGGCUUUGAAGUAUCACCCUGAUAAAAAUCCUACAGAAGGCGAGAAGUUCAAGCAGAUCUCACAGGCCUAUGAGGUUUUGUCAGAUGCAAAGAAGAGAGAGCUUUAUGACCGGGGAGGUGAAAAGGCAAUAAAGGAAGGAGGAACUGGCGGCGGCGGCGGUGGGGGCUUUGCAUCGCCCAUGGAUAUCUUUGACUUGUUUUUUGGUGGAGGCAGUCGGAUGCACAGAGAGCGAAAAGGGAAGAAUAUUGUUCAUCAGAUUACAGUGACUCUGGAAGAGCUUUAUAAUGGAGCAACAAGAAAACUAGCUGUCCAAAAGAAUACCAUUUGUGACAGAUGUGAAGGUCGUGGAGGUCGUAAAGGUGCGGUACAGAUGUGCAUGUCUUGCCAUGGCACAGGAAUGCAAGUCCGUGUACACCAGUUACUUCCAGGUAUGGUGCAGCAGAUGUCCACAGUGUGUCCCAGCUGCCAGGGACAAGGAAAGAGAAUCAGCCAAAAGGACCGCUGCAAAGCAUGUGGAGGCCGAAAGAUCCUGCGACAGAAGAAAAUCUUGGAGGUCCACAUUGACAAAGGAAUGAGAGAUGGCCAGAAGAUUGUUUUACAUGGAGAGGGAGACCAGGAGCCAGAACUCGAGCCAGGAGAUAUCAUCAUUGUUCUAGAUCAACGAGACCAUCCACAUUUCACCAGGAGAGGAGAGGACCUCAUCAUGUCCAUGGAGUUGCAGCUGGUUGAGGCUUUAUGUGGUUUCAAGAAGCCCAUUCAGACACUGGACAACAGAACUCUGCUUGUUACAUCACAUCCAGGGGAGUUGAUCAGGCCUGGAGACACUAAGUGUGUCUUGAAUGAAGGGAUGCCCACGUAUCGCAGGCCAUUUGAGAAGGGGCGUCUUAUUAUUCACUUCUCGGUGGUGUUCCCAAAAGCCAAUUUCCUCCCGAAACACAAGCUGAAGGAGCUGGAGCGCUAUCUCCCAGAGAAGGUGGACACAGAGCAGCCAGACAGUAUGGACGAUGACCUCUACAUCUAUGCUGACUUGGAGGACUGUGACUUUGAGAACAGAAGAAGACACAGAAAUGAGUACUACUAUAUGGAUGAAGACGACUACGCCACCACCGGUGGUGUUCAGUGCCAGACGUCUUAAAAAGCCCGCAGUCCUCUGCCUAUUCCAGAAGUUCAGAUCCUCAUCUCCAAUGCAAAGCACCUUUUUUUUUUUUUUUUAAUCUGUGCACUUUUAAUUUAGUUACAUUUAUUGAAAUCAGUUAGUCUCUUUAGUUUGUUUGAAUUUCAUUCAUAAAACUGUUUCUCAGUGCCCUGUGGAUGUUAAAGUUCCAGGACUUGAACUUAGACUCAGCUUAAUGGGAUUCCUCGUCAUCUGGGACCGUGUUUUAAUCUUUUUAUUUUUUUUCCUUUUUCCAAUUCACACUGUGAUUAAAGAUGAGGGCUGGUGUAACAGAGGCUUCAGGGAAAGAAAAAACUUAAACUAUGACAACCUGCUUUUUGUGCAGUUACACUAAAACUGAUGCCAAUAGUAUAAAAAUAACCUUUUUUUUUUUGAUAGUGUGGCUAAAUCGGCUGUUGUGAACCACUUUUUGAAGACUCAUCCGUUUUUGGUGUCUGUAGCUCUUUCAGACAUGGAAUAUGUAACAGCGCUGAAUCCAUCCAUCUGUUAAAGUGACAGCAGGCAAAGAUCACUUUUAAGUUAAAGCUCCUCGUGGCUUAUUCAGACAUCCCUUUGGCUGAUGGAGAGAGCCACGGUACGUGCACGAUAUAAGCUAUUUGUAAAAGUUUGUAUUUGUGGCGGUGUCAUUAAGAGCAGGGACGUCAACCCCAACCCCUCCCACAGAGGCUGGAAGAAUGCGCCGGUUCCUCCAUGGCGCGUUCUCCCAGCCUUUUAAAUUAGAAACUGAGCUGGUGUUUUGCGUUCUACAGCGAGCUGAGCGUCUCACAGAGAUGCACACUCAUGUGUGUCUGUUUUGACUGUGUCCAUUCAGCAGUAUGCACACAUUACCUGACCCACUGCUGUAACUUUAAUGGAAAAGUGAUCAGAGUGCUCAUUCAUACAGUUCAGAUGUCAGAUUAAUGGAAAGAAAGGCACGCGUGUCUGAAAGGGGCUCACGGGGACCAAAUGUUUGUAUGGUGGUGGAGGUGGAUGUGCUUUGAAACUUGAUUUAAAACAUUUAAGCUGUUCUACCCUUUCAAGGGCUAUUUCCAGACUUUUCUGAACAAAAUGUGGCAGGAAAUCAGUGUAGUCGUGAUUAAGACGUGAAGGUGAAGAUAAAUAACUUCAAAUGUCUUGUGUGCUUACAACUAAUAUUUAAGUUUAGUGUUUCUUUUGAGCUGCAGUCAGCUGUCUGUGAUUAUGGCGCGCACGUCGACUAUAAUGUAUAAUAUAAGUGUGAGCGUGUGUGCAAAAGUAUGUGCAAUCGCCUUAUAUUCUGCAAGGAUAUUUAAAAUGCUUAUCCUAAUUUCAGAAUUCUAUAUUUUUUCCAGUUUUUUUUUUUCUUUUUUACUGUAUUAGAAUAGGUUUACAUGCUAAUAUUAAAAAAAACUCCUCAUACUCCACAUCACUGCAGCACCACAGUUCUGCCUGAAAUGCUCCGCUGUAGCUCCUCUCUCUUUGAGAUUCUCCUCCAGGAAAGUCCAGCCUGCUCUGAUUGGUCAGAAAAAGCUGUCUGUCAAUUAAAUCUUAAGUUUCUUGGGACCUGGGAGUGCAUGAAGACUCCUGUGUUCACUCAUUCUGACAAUAACAUUUUGUGUGCUUUGCUUAUGGAUAAGACAUUUUAGUGGAGACCUACAAGACAACUGCUUGUUUUUUGUGUGUGUGCCAGACGAAUGGUUAGAUGAGCAUUAUGCAGAUGUUAUACAGUGACUGGCAGUUUUACAGCAGUGUAUUCUGUGGGUGACUUUUAGGUUCCUUAACUGUUCACAAAAGGCUACACAGCACACUUUAACAGGCACUCAGUUCCUUAAUGGCAUUUGUUUUUCUCUUUCUUAUUCCUGCAUGAUUCCUGAUUCUUAUCAUUGCUGCAUUGGAUAUAUCACUAUACAAUAAUAAAGCAUAACCAGGGCCAUUUUGAAUAGAUAUGAUUUCUUAUGAUUAAAUUAGUGGCAUGGUUAAAAAGUGCCAAGUUGUGGCUACAUUGUACUCACAAAUGUUUGUGAUGUGUAGCCUGUUUUUUUUAUUUGAGUAGUGGGUUUAAAAUCAUUAGAAGACAGAGUUUAAAUGACAAAUCACGACAGGAGUUCAAGGGUAUAUUCCAUAUUUCUUGUCAAUCUUUUCAAAGCCAAAUGAGUAAUGGGAGUUUAUGGAAAAUCAGCAAACUUAAUACCUCAUUAAAGUGUCUGCCUGUUUGAAAGCCUUAUCAUAACUUAGUUACUUGAUUAAUGCAGUUUUUUUGUUGUUGUUUUGUUUUUGUUUCAAUGGUGUUUACCUUGGAUGUUGUAAAACAGUCAUGCUCACAGAAGAGGGGGGUCUCCUUAAGUAAUGUAAGUAAUUCUUGAAUGCAGAUGUGAAUUAGAGUCCUCGUAAUGUAAGGGGAUUUUGAUGCAAAGUUUAAUUUAGAAAAAUGUUGCCAAGGUUUUAAAUUAACUGGAUGCAUGUUUGGACCAGUGGUCUACUUGUGCUCAUGUUUUCUAAAUAAAUGUGAUUUGAUGGUC